AUGACUGUAGACGGGGACGACAAGCCACAACGCGAUCGUGUGUUUAUGGACAUUUCGAUCGGCGGCCUGCCAUCCGGCCGCAUAGUGUUUGAGCUGUUUAACGAUGUCGCUCCUAAGACCGCGGAGAAUUUCCGCGCGUUAUGUUCCGGGGACAUGGGGGUGGGCAAGGUUACAGGGAAACCUUUAACGUAUAAGGGUAUGGUGUUCCAUCGGGUGGUUAAAGACUUCAUGAUUCAAGGUGGCGACUUCACAAAUGCGAAUGGAACUGGCGGAGAGUCCAUUUAUGGAGGCACCUUUGAGGAUGAGACGUUUGAGCUUCAACAUGAUAGGCCGUAUUUGCUGUCCAUGGCUAACAGGGGCAAGGACACAAAUGGUUCUCAGUUCUUCAUUGUGCACGUAGUGUUCGGCCAUGUGGUGACAGGCGCGGCGUUGGUGAGGCAGUUAGAGGCACUCCCCGUAGACCGUAAUGCGAGACCCCUGCAAGAUGUAGUCGUGGCCAACUGUGGGCAACUGGUACGACUCAAAACUGGCAAGAAACGCAAGCAAGAUAAGGAAAAGGUUAAGGAAAGUGGUGAGGAUUCUGACCAGUCACAGAAGAAAGAUAAGAAAAAGAAAAAAGAUAAAAAAAGGAAACGCAACCAAUCGGAGCGUUCUGAGGAAGAGGUCCAGGAAUCCUCUCAUCCGCUGGUGACCACGUCCAAGAUAGACCCUCAGGAGAUACCCGAGGUGCCCGCCAACAGGUUCCUCAUGAGGGAGGGACGCGACCACGACCGGGGAGACAGGCGGGCCAGGGAGAGAGUCCGCUACCGUGAAAGGGAGAGACAUCACUACACCCGCAGCGGACGGAUCAUCAAGGGACGGGGAGUGUUUCGUUACCGCACGCCGUCCCGCUCUCGCUCCCGCUCCCGCUCCGCCACUCCGCCCCACUGGAGACAGGCGCAGAGACGGAUCGUGAAGUUGGCGCACAUUGAGCAAGUGGACCGCGACGCGCCGGAACAGGAACCUCCCAAGAGACCGGAAGUACAGCACAGCAAAGAAGGUGAGGAAGGUACUCCUGAACGACCGAGGGAGAAGGAGGAAGGAGAGUGUGAUACAACUAUAGAGCGAUCCCACCACGAGAAAGUCGAUUACAACGCCCUAGACUUUGAAGAAGAUAUCGAACGUGACGAGGAUCGACCUUGUGAGCCGCGCGCGGAGAGACUGGCGCGAGCCUUGGGGGUCAACACACGGAACAGGGAUAAUCGUGACUCGAGAGAGAACUUCUCCAAACGUCCCGAAGACUCGUCAGCUCCGUACGUGCCGAGAGUGUCCUCCGCCAUCACGACCGUGUCCCGACCACCGGCUAGGGAACAAGACAACGAGGGAUACGACCCCUUCAGCCUGCUACGGAGCACCUUCACUAACAACAAGGACAAACAGACACACACGCCCAGAAAGGAGGAUCGAUAUGAGAAACGAGAUCCAGAACAUCGGCGGGAAAGAGACGACAGGCGAGAUAGGAACAGGAGUGACAGAGACAAAAAACAAACAGAGAGAGGAGAGAAGUAUGAUAGAAGAGAAGGAAAGAAAGAAGGUGACAAAGAAGACAAACACGAUGACAGAAAACAGGAGUCCAGCAGGAGACAGGAGUCGAAAGAUAAAGAUAUACGGGACAGGAGGGACAGAGACAGAGAUAGGAGGAGGGACAGAGACGACAAGAAGAGGGACGACAGGGAAAAGACACACGCGCGUAGAGACAGGUCCAAAUCACGAGAACAGAAGACGUCCGCUGAUAACAAGAGUGGGGAGAAAUCCGUUCCAGACGAUAAGAAGGAGGCUGCCAGGAGGGAACUGCUCGAGAUAGUGAGGCUGAUCAAGAGCAGGCAGCAGCAGAGGGAGGGACGGGAGGGUAAGAAGAAGCACUCCAGCGAGUCGUCUGACUCCAACGACGGACGGAAGAGAUCGGAACGGAAGAACUCGCAAAGGUCGGCUGCUGGUGCUCGUGAUCGCGGCGGGUCAUCGUCAUCUAAUUAA